CGGGGCGGGGCGGGGCGGGGUGGGGCAGACGAGAAAAGGGUGAGGCGCGGCCCCGCGCACGUUCCAGACGACCCCCCUGUGGCCUCAUGUCGCGCAGCGGAACCGGCCCUGAGCAACGCCAGCAGCCGUCAGAGGCGGACGCCGCGGCAGCACCCUUCCGGGCGAGCGAGCAUCAGCAUAUCCGCUACAACCCGCUGCAGGAUGAGUGGGUGCUGGUGUCAGCUCACCGCAUGAAGCGGCCCUGGCAGGGGCAAGUGGAGCCCCAGCUUCUGAAGACAGUGCCUCGCCAUGACCCCCUCAACCCUCUGUGUCCCGGGGCAACACGGGCAAAUGGAGAGGUGAAUCCCCACUACGAUGGCACCUUCCUGUUUGACAACGACUUCCCAGCUCUGCAGCCUGAUGCCCCCUAUCCAGGACCCAGUGAUCACCCCCUUUUCCAAGCAGAGGCUGCUAGAGGAGUUUGUAAGGUCAUGUGCUUCCACCCCUGGUCGGAUAUGACACUGCCACUCAUGUCGGUUCCUGAGAUCCGGGCUGUCAUCGAUGCAUGGGCUUCGGUCACAGAAGAUCUGGGUGCCCAGUACCCUUGGGUGCAGAUCUUUGAAAACAAAGGAACCAUGAUGGGCUGUUCCAACCCCCACCCCCACUGCCAGGUGUGGGCCAGCAGUUUCCUGCCAGAUAUUGCCCAGCGUGAGGAGCGAUCUCAGCGGGCCUAUUGGAGUCAGCAUGGAGAGCCCCUGCUGAUGGAGUAUGGCCGCCAGGAGCUACUCAGGAAGGAACGUCUGGUCCUAACCAGUGAUCACUGGUUAGUGCUGGUCCCCUUCUGGGCAGUGUGGCCCUUCCAGACAUUAUUGUUGCCUCGUCGACAUGUGCAGAGGCUGCCUGAACUGACCCCCACCGAGCGUGAUGAUCUAGCCUCCAUCAUGAAGAAGCUCUUGACCAAGUACGACAACCUAUUUGAGAUGUCCUUUCCCUACUCCAUGGGCUGGCAUGGGGCUCCCACAGGAUCAGAGGCCGGGGCCAACUGGGACCACUGGCAGCUGCACGCUCAUUACUACCCUCCACUCCUACGCUCUGCCACUGUCCGGAAAUUCAUGGUUGGCUAUGAAAUGCUUGCCCAGGCUCAGAGGGACCUCACCCCUGAGCAGGCUGCAGAGAGACUAAGGGCACUUCCGGAGGUUCAUUACCACCUGGGACAGAAGGACAGGGAGGCAGCAGCCAUUGCCUGACCAUGCUGACCACAGGGCCUUGAAUCCUGCCUGAGGGAACUGGGGCCUGAAGUUUGGGCAGAUAUAGCAUCAACAAAACUAUGCUUUUCAAACUUUAAUCACAUAUUCUAACACCAGAGUGUGAACUCUAAUCUAUAGGGAUCUGGGGCUAAAGGCUAAUAGCCAGCUCCAGCCACAACUUUUUUUUGCCUAUAGAUGUGUAAGAACUUGAUGCAAAAAUUCUGAACAAAAUUAAAUUCAGUAUUUUGUCUGGCCUAUA